CUGACUGGCGACUGCAGGUGUCAGUCGGCCGGUGACUGGCCUGCUGCUGGUAACAUGGGUGAUGUGCUGCUGACUGUGUCCGAGUUCCCUGCAGUCUCCGCGGGGCUGCUCCUGGUGCUUCUGACCGGGCUGCUAGUGCGUUAUUUGCUGCCCAGGUCCUCGGACAGCCCCCCACCGCCAUGCAUUCGCGGGUGGAUCCCCUGGUUUGGGGCGGCUUUCGAAAUGGGAAAAGCCCCCUUGGAGUUCAUCGAGAGAGCCAGAGAGAAGUACGGGCCAGUGUUCACCGUCGUGGCAGCCGGUAACAGACUGACGUUUGUGAGCGGGGCGGAAGGACUGGACACUUUUUUCACGUCCAAGAAAGUGAGUUUCCCGCAGGCGGUGCAGAAGCCCGUUCAGCGCGCCGCUUCCAUUGGAAAGGAGAACUUCUACAAAAACCACACAGCCAUCCACGAGACGAUAAAGCUCCACCUGUCCCGGAAACGGCUGCAGCCGCACGUCGCCCGUCUGUGUGGGGAGUUCUGGGGGCAUUUAGAGCGACUUGCCCCACGUGGAACGGAGGAGCUGUACGGUCUGGUACGACGGGUCAUGUACCCCGCCGUUGUGGACACGUUGUUUGGGAAGGGGGUUUGCCCCACGAGCGAGGACACGCUGGAGGAGUUUGAAGAGCACUUCCGGAGGUUCGAUGAAGGCUUCGAGUACGGCUCGCAGUUACCGGAGUGCUUUUUAAGAAGCUGGUCUCAGUCCAAGCAAUGGCUCCUGAAGUUAUUCAAAAGUAUCGUAACGGAAAUGGAAUCAAAGGAACCAGAGGAAGGCGACUCAAAGACUUUAUUGGAACAUCUUCUGGACACCGUUAAAGGGGUCGCCACCUACAACAACAGCUUGUUACUGCUCUGGGCGUCUCAAGCCAACGCAAACCCUAUAACGUUUUGGACGCUCGCUUUUAUUAUUUCGGAUCCUCUUGUUUACAAAAACGCCAUGGAUGAAAUUUCUUCUGUGUUUGGUGAAGCGGGCAAAAAGUUUUGUUUAACCGAAGCUGAUCUGACGAGGCUUCCGUACAUCAAGAACUGUAUGCUGGAGGCAAUCAGGCUUCGCUCUCCAGGGGCUGUCACGAGAAAAGUGCUGGAACCGCUGAAAAUCUACAAUUACCGGGUUCCUGCGGGAGACAUGUUAAUGCUGUCGCCUUUUUGGCUUCAUCGAGAUCCACAGCGAUUUCCUGAUCCUGAUGCCUUUCGACCUGAACGUUGGAAAAAAGCAAAUUUAGAGAAGAAUGUUUUCUUGGAGGGUUUCGUGGCGUUUGGCGGAGGGAAAUAUCAGUGUCCGGGGAGGUGGUUCGCUUUAAUGGAAAUCCAUAUGCUGGUUACCUUAAUGCUUUAUCGAUAUGAAUUUCACCUUCUGGACCCAGUUCCAAAGCAGAGCAACCUUCACUUGGUGGGCACGCAGCAGCCGGACGGUCCUUGCCGGGUCCGAUUUAAACAGAGGGGAUGAAGUCCGGCUCUACGGAAAGCGGAGGAAACCGC